AUGCCAAAUACUAAAAACUACCAUACGUCUCAGCCAGAUUACGAAACUGCUAUAGACAGGAACGUCCCUGACUUCCCUGUGGCAGAGGUCUUGGAUGAAGACAAAUACUUUCAAAAUCACGAACCUCCAUCGUAUCUUCCAGAAAUCGAGGCACAAAUUGACAAGUUUGUAGAUUUUCAUUGUCAACAGACUCAGAAAAAAGUCGUUUUGGUGACCAGUGGUGGAACUACCGUUCCGUUGGAGAACAACACCGUGAGAUUCAUUGACAAUUUCUCAGCCGGAACCAGAGGAGCCACUUCUGCUGAGUAUUUCUUGGAGAAUGGAUAUGCGGUGAUUUUUUUGCAUCGUGAGUUUUCGCUUUUGCCAUACUCGCGCCAUUACAGCCAUACCACCAACUGCUUUCUUGAUUACAUGGUCGAGAAGGACAAUAAGGUGGAAAUCAACCCGGAAUUUGCUGACAGCAUGCUUGUGGUGUUGAGAAAAUACAUGGCGGCACAAAAGGCUAACUCUUUGCUUUUGGUGCCAUUCACAACCGUAAACCAAUAUUUGUACACUUUGAGACUGGCCUCGCAACUGCUCCAGAAGGCUCAAUCAGACGCCUUGUUCUAUCUCGCUGCCGCAGUAUCUGAUUUUUUCUUGCCAUCUUCGCGGAUGCCAAAUCAUAAGAUUCAGGCACAACCCAGUGGGAAAUUGGUGGUGGAUUUGGAACAGGUCCCCAAGUUUUUGAGGAGAUUAGUAGACUCCUGGGCGCCACAAGCCAUGAUCGUGUCAUUCAAACUUGAAACAGAUAGCUCGAUAUUGAUUAAAAAGUCCGUUCAAGCACUCAAUCGGUACCAUCAUCAACUAGUCAUUGGAAACCUCUUGCAGACCAGAAAGAACGAGGUUGUGCUUGUGACACCAGACGAGGCUCAGAAUUGGAUUCGUUUGGAUGAUACACAAAAGCACCAAAAUGUUGAAAUUGAAAGUUUGAUAAUCCCAGCUGUUAUACAAGAACACGAGAACUGGGUAAAAAACUGGACCGCCAAAAAUAAGUAA